GGUACUGACAGCCAUUUUGUUGUGCUAGUUAGCUCAAUGAUAAAGAUAGCGCCAUAGUAUCCAUCUGUCAUACCAAACGCUAAACAUGCAGCUUAUAUGUUUUGGUUUAGUGCCGCUUAACAAAAAAAGUUAAGUGGUUUAAAACCGGAAGUAGUGGACACGAGAAUGCUUUACUCUAUAGAAGCCAAAGUAUUUUGAAGAAGGAAGAAAACUGGAGGUUGUUGUGUGCUGCAGAUAACACUAUGUUAGCUUGUAUGUAGCUACACCGCAGUUGUUUUCUGGCGUAUUAACCCUACAUUAGUCGGUAGUGUUUAUGGUAGCGUUUAAAUAGAGUGUCAUUGCCUGUGCCAUAUAAAAUACUAUAGCUUAUACGAGAGUGAUAAUUAUUUGAAAUCGACCGUAGGAGCCAAGAGAACUUAGCACAACAGUGCUCUGUAGAGUCAAAGCAUUUAUCUGAUAAUGGCAGAGGAUACUCGACAGGACAAGAGGGGCGGCUUCUGUGCCCUAACCGAACACACCAACAACGGACUGGCCAGAACCUCUGCUGUGGCCACAGGCAAAACGUCAAAGAAGUUGGUGAUCAAAAAUUUCAAAGACAGGCCAAAGCUAGCAGAGAACUACACUGAAGACACAUGGUUGAAGCUGCGAGAUGCAGUUGGAGCCAUUCAGAACAGCACCUCAAUAAAAUACAACCUUGAAGAGCUCUAUCAGGCAGUGGAGAAUCUGUGCUCUUACAAAGUUUCCCCAACACUGUACAAGCAGCUUCGACAGGUCUGUGAAGAUCAUGUACGAGCCCAGAUCUCUCAGUUUAGAGAAGAGUCUUUGGACAACCUUUCCUUCCUGAAGCGAAUGAACCGCUGUUGGCAGGAUCACUGCAGACAAACUAUUAUGAUUCGGAGUAUCUUUCUCUUCCUGGAUCGAACCUAUGUUCUACAGAACUCUCUUCUUCCUUCCAUAUGGGACACAGGUUUGGAAUUAUUUCGUACUCACAUUGUGAGCGACACGGUGGUACAGAAACGCACUGUAGAUGGAGUUUUGGAGCAGAUAGAACUGGAGCGGAAUGGGGAGACGGUGGAUCGCAGUUUGCUCAGGAGCUUGUUGGGCAUGCUGUCAGACUUGCAGGUUUAUAAAAAUUCCUUUGAGGAGAGGUUUUUGGUGGAGACAAAUCGUUUGUAUGCAGCAGAGGGACAGCGGCUCCUGCAGGAAAGAGAUGUACCUGAGUAUUUGCAUCACGUGGCUCGACGCUUAGAGGAGGAGAAUGAUCGAAUCGUCAGCUACCUCGACCAGAGCACCCAAAAACCUCUUAUCACCUGUGUUGAAAAACAACUUCUAGGAGAACAUAUGACAGCAAUACUACAGAAAGGUUUGAGCACCCUGCUGGAUGAGAACCGUGUCACUGAGCUCUCCCUCCUCUACCAGCUGUUUAGUAAAGUGAAGGGAGGACUUGCUACACUGCUGCAGUUCUGGAGGGAUUACAUCAAGAGCUUUGGAGGUGAGAUUGUCUGUACUCCGGAGAAAGACAAAGACAUGGUGCAAGACCUCCUAGACUUUAAGGACAAGAUGGACAAUGUUGCACAGUGUUGCUUCACACGGAAUGAGGCCUUCGUCAAUGCCAUGAAGGAGGCCUUUGAGACUUUUAUCAACAGGAGGCCCAACAAACCAGCAGAGCUCAUCGCUAAAUAUGUGGAUUCUAAGCUAAGAGCAGGAAACAAAGAGGCUACAGAAGAGGAGCUGGAGAGAAUCCUGGACAAGAUUAUGAUCAUUUUCCGUUUUAUACAUGGGAAAGAUGUCUUCGAAGCGUUUUAUAAAAAAGAUUUAGCCAAGCGUCUUCUGGUUGGAAAAAGUGCAUCUGUGGAUGCUGAGAAGUCCAUGCUCUCCAAGCUCAAACAUGAAUGUGGAGCCGCGUUCACCAGUAAACUCGAGGGAAUGUUCAAGGACAUGGAAUUAUCUAAAGACAUUAUGAUCCAGUUCAAACAGUAUAUGCAGAACCAGAGUGAAUCCAGCAACAUAGAACUUACAGUCAACAUCCUGACUAUGGGAUACUGGCCUUCGUACACACCCAUGGAGGUUCAUCUGCCCUCAGAGAUGGUAAAACUCCAGGAAGUGUUUAAGCUGUUUUAUCUGGGGAAGCACAGUGGGAGGAAGUUGCAGUGGCAGCCAACACUGGGUCACGCUGUGCUAAAAUCAGAGUUUAAAGAGGGUAAGAAGGAGCUGCAGGUUUCCUUGUUCCAGACCCUGGUGCUACUCAUGUUUAAUGAGGGAGAAGAAUUCAGCAUGGAGGACAUUCGCACUGGCACUGGCAUAGAGGACGGAGAGCUCAGACGGACACUUCAGUCCCUGGCCUGUGGAAAAGCACGUGUUCUUAACAAGAACCCUCGGGGGAAAGACGUGGAGGACGGCGACCGGUUUAAUUUUAACAAUGAUUUUAAACACAAACUGUUCCGUAUCAAGAUCAACCAAAUACAAAUGAAGGAAACGGUAGAGGAGCAGGUUAGCACCACAGAGCGUGUGUUUCAAGACAGGCAGUACCAGAUAGAUGCAGCUGUUGUGCGCAUCAUGAAGAUGAGGAAAACCCUCAGUCACAACCUUCUGGUAUCCGAGCUCUACAACCAGCUAAAAUUCCCCGUCAAGCCUGGGGAUCUUAAGAAACGCAUCGAAUCACUCAUUGACAGAGACUACAUGGAGCGUGACAAAGAGACACCAAACCAGUAUCACUAUGUUGCUUGAAGAGGUUUCUGAGGCUCUGUUGAGACUUUCCAGACUGGAGUCAUGCAGUUGGUUUUCAAAGUAUAGCCUCACAGCCCUUCAGUGACUCUGCUCUGGUGCCUAUUUUCCCUCUAUUCAUGAACCUGAAAGCAGCAUCCAGAGACAAGUGACACUUGGCCAAGCUGUCCCCACCCUGUGACACCUUUGAUGGGAUUCCGAAAGAGAGCUGCAGGGGUGGCCCAGGUUUUUUUGGCAAUCGGCUAAUGUAAUGUACAAACCUGCUAAAGCAGAAGUAAACUGAAAAAUAGCACUUUUUUGGGUUUGUUUUCUUGUUGUUGUUUUUUUCUUCUUCUAAUUCUUGAAGGGUUUGGAAUGUUUUUUUUUUUUUUCCCCAAUCGCAUUGUUGUGAAAUUGCAUAUUUUCUACUGUAGUUGGUUUGUCAUGAGUUCAGAGAUUUCUUUUCCUGGGGCUGUAUUCUCAUGAAUGGCUGCAUUAACUGCUAAGUGCUCUGUGGCUUGAUUUAGCAGAGAAGCAGAGAGAAGAGGCAUAAUAAAGUGAGUCUGAUGUGUAAUAUUCAGUGUGAGGAGUCAACUUGUGGGACUGACAUCUAAUGGACAGCAGGUAUGACUUUAGGUUUCCUGUAUGUGUGACCAAAAUAUCAAAAUGGCCAAUAUCGUAUGUUGAGGUUUUUGUAGAUCAGAUUGUAUUGUAUGAGUGAGAGAAGUGAACCUGAAUAAAUUGGUAUUUAAAGAUUCACUCAGUA